AGGAUUUUUUUCCGGGCUUGUCAGAAUCUCAGUUGUGGAAGAGGACUCCAGGGAUCAGAGAUGAGACGGAGACCGGGAAUCGGAGGAUUGCAAAAGGCUGCUGCUGCUAGGGAUCAGUACCGAUUACUCGGAGAAAAUGUAGCGAAGCUACGGACGGAUCUAAUGAAAGAACAGCUUGCCACGUUUCGGUCUCAGCUCGAAGAAUUCGCUCGUAAACACAAGAAUGACAUCCGUAAAAAUCCUGCCUUCAGGGCUCAAUUCCAUGAAAUGUGUGCUAAAGUCGGGGUGGAUCCUCUGGCUUCGAACAAGGGUUUCUGGGCUGAACUGCUGGGAAUUGGUGACUUCUAUUAUGAACUGGGAGUUCAGAUUAUCGAGGUUUGCAUGCUUACGAGGUUACACAACGGAGGUUUAAUCAGCUUGCAGGAGCUGUGUAGCCAUCUUCGUCAGAGAAGAAAAAAAGAUCGUGAAGCCGUGACCGAAGAUGAUUGUCUUCGAGCUAUCAGCAAGUUAAAGGUACUGGGUAGCGGGUUUGAAGUGAUCACAGUUGGGAAGAGAAAGCUUAUCCGGUCUGUUCCCACCGAGUUGAACAAAGACCAUAAUCAAAUCUUGGAGCUUGCUCAGGGUCAAGGCUUUGUGACCGUGGAAGAGGUACAGAGACGGCUUUCGUGGAAAUCUGGUCGGGUCAUAGAUGCCCUCGAGACAUUGUUAGAAGAGGGGCUUGCUAUGAUCGACGACGGCCACAGAGAUGGAAAACGCCGGUAUUGGUUCCCUUGUGUUUCUUCCGUUUACGCGUCAGCUGGAGCUGACAGUUAAAAUCGUUACAGAAACGCUCUGAUUCAGAUCGUUUUGUUCUGCUUUUGUGUUGGUUCUGUUUUGUUUGUUUCAUUAUCUGUAACAAUGGCCAUGGUUACAGAAGAUAUUUGCUUGUGAAAGUAGAAGUUUGCAAUUGUUCAACAGUGAGGGAGAGAUAUCUUAUCAUUAUA